GGCCUGAUCAGUGACCACGACGCCGUCGCCCUUCUGCACACACCUUCCUGGGACCUCUGAGAGGUCAUGAUCGCUUCUCCUAUUCUUACACCUUCACCUGCUGCAUGCCCUCUCGGUCCCGCGCCCCCCCUGCUCGCCCUUCGAUGAUCUCUCCUCGGUCCUCGAUCCCAGCAGAGUACGAAGCAGACGAGGACUGCCAACCACCUCACCAGUCCGGAUAUCUCUGAACAGCCAUGCAGGCCUCGGAGCGCGCCGCCGAGCUGGAACGGGUCUACCAAAGCAGGCGCGGCCAUGCCUCGCAACUGUCCAUCAGCGACGACACCCAUCAUGUCACCGAAGCCAUCGGCGACAUGUAUGGGGACGACCAGUACUCCUCGAAACGCAGUUCUCGUCCUCUGAGCUUCAUCAGCAACCCCCUCGGAGACACACUGAACCUAAACACCCCGUUCGAUCCCUUUCCCAAUGCUCCCCCGAAGUCCCCACUCCGUGCCCACAUGUCCAACGAGCAGCCCUCAUCGCCUCCCAACACCAAUGACCAGCCAAGCGUGCCGUCGAAGAGGACCUCCUUCGGCCAUGGCAGUGCCAAUGGGCUUCUGUCGCCUCCUUCUCUAUCGCGGUCGAACUCAUCCGAUACGGCUACUCAACAGUUUCCCCUCAACGACAUUGAUUACGAGUCAAGUCCAGCUUCGCUCGCGAAGGAACUUAGCAAUCUACAAGCGAUACGACGCAUGUCAAUGGAUGUAAACACGGCAGAUCCAGAUCUCCCGUCUUUUGGAAGCUUUAGCCUUCCGACAGUUGCUCCACCCCAUUUCUCCGAGGACGAAGAUCCGUCCAAGUUGUUCUGGGUCCCGGCACGGCUACAUCCCGAGCUUGCGCCCAAGGAAUUCAAAACAUUCAUAGAGGAAAAGGUGGACAAGAUCAGACGGCGGUCGGGAGAUGCGGAUUCCUUAUCGCCGGACAGCGCCCUCGGGCGCUCGGGUUCUGGUGGUGGGUUGAGGAGGAAGAAAUCCAUGCUGUCGAGGCAGAUUGAUAAUGCGAAUGGCUAUAGGGAUGGCGCUGAGCGCUUGGAAAGGAAACGAUCAGGAGCUAACCAGCCUCCGCGCAUUGGCGGUCUGGAGAAGCUGCAAGAGCUGGCCGAGGAUCCUGCCAGCCUUAUGAGGCGUCUCAGUAUCGACUCUGUGCAGAAAAACUCUGGCCCGGACGGCGAAGUUCCAAUCAGCGAAGACCUGCCAAUUCUCCCCGUGAGACCCGCCGGGCCCGGAUCAUUGAAGCGCUCCACGCGCACCAACUACAGGCGGGGUAGUCUGCGCAAGGGCGAGCGUGUUCCAUUUUCGAAACGUGUGGCAAGCAGACAGGUCGAAACCGACAACGAGGAGUCGCCCUCUACUUCCCCAACCCAAGCCACAUACCCAAGAGAGCCCGAAAUUCCCGGGCUGGGUCUCCAUCGCGUGAACUCGGAACCCGUUCACGGGCGUUCAGAUAUGACGAUGAACCUCUCAACAGAGAACUUCUCACGUCCUACUCGGCGAUCUCCGCCACCCCAGCAGAGGCCCGGUUCCGCAGAUGAUGUCUCCAGUCCGCAGCCUACCGAUUCCGCUGGAAUGGACCGGAGACCAUCCCAUCCCGCUAAGCCAUUUCAUUCUCGCAUCGCCUCAAACGGGAGGACAACAGCUCCGCUACCUGGUUAUGUUCCUCCGCCGCAAGUGCCUCAAAUCAUCGAGACGCCGCCGCCCCAGGAAUCUCCUUAUAAGUCUCAAAUGCAUCUGCCAGAGCGCAACUCGUCAAGGGUGCCUCCGCAAGCCGUUGGGUACCCACCAGCUCAGCGAACUCCACCGAAACCGCACCCUCCACAGCCUGUGCAGCCACCAUCGCAGAGACAAUCGCCAUCAAGGCCCCCCCUGAAUCGCAUCGACCGUAAUGCCUCUCCAAUCAAACCUGCGCAGUCGUUUGACGAUCUCAUCUCCCAUCCUUCGCCGCUGCCAGGGAACAGUACCCGAACCGAUGCCCUCUCUAUUAUCCCUAACCUGGUAGAAGAGAAGAAGACGGACAAGAAAUCGAAGGAUAAAAAGGAUGGAGAGAGUGGUUCAAGAAAAACGAGCUGGGGUUGGCUUCUUGGAAGCGACGACGGCAGUAAGAAGGAAAAGGAGGAGCGCGAGAAGGAACUUGCCAGAAAGGUCAAAAACAAGCUUAGCAAGCAGCAGGAGAAAACCGCAGAGAAGGCGCAUGACGACACCCGGCUCGAUGUGCUGCAUACUUCGAUUCAGAGCGGGCGUGGUCGCGAGAGCCUUGUACUGGAUCGGGAUAGCAUCAAGCUCGAGGAGGAGCGCAAGAAGGAGAGCACCCGAAAGUCGUCUGGGGAUUCAAAGAAAGAGAAGGAGUCGGGUCUCUUUUCUUCGAUAUUUGGAGGCAGCAAGAAGAAGGGAGAGAAAGAGUCAUCGCAUAAGAAGGGUAGCUCCAUGCGUGGCCUGUCCCCAGAUCCACCUCCCCGAGUACUCAGGCCAGAUAUCGACUACAACUGGACAAGAUUUUCCAUCCUGGAGGAGCGAGCUAUCUACCGCAUGGCGCACAUAAAGCUCGCGAAUCCUCGGCGAGAGCUGUACUCGCAGGUCUUGCUCAGCAAUUUCAUGUAUUCGUACCUCGCCAAGGUCCAGCAGAUGCACCCGCAGAUACAGAUCGGCAACUCCAAGCAGGCUCGACAUCAGCGAGAGGCCCAACAGGCUGCGCAACAGAAACGGGAGCAGGAACAACAGCAACAACAGUUACAGCAGCAGCAGCAACAACAGCCUGAGGAGUAUGUUCAGUAUCAGCUGUACCAGCAGGACCAAUCACAACAAGACUUGAGUCCCAUAAAUGACCAUCAAGUCGAUAAUCAUGGCUUCGAGCAGCAUGACGAGGGAAACCAGUACCGACCCGACUCCCGCGGGUCCCAGCACGAUCAACAGCGUGACUCUCACCACUCAUCGUACGGAAAGGCCAACGGUUCCUACAGCGUCUCGUAUAAUCUCGGCUACCCGAGCGGCAACCAGAAGCAACAACAGUCCUACUACGCCUACGACGACUCGGACCAGAGUAGCCGGGACGAGGAGAUGUGGUGAACGACAUUGAGGUGUGCCUUUAUUCUCUGUUUACAAACCAUCUGUCCUUCUGUGUAUGUAUAUAAACUCUGUCUGCUCUUACCUCUUUUCGCUCUGCCCUUCAGCACGAUUUGUUCCUGUGUCCCAGAGCGGAUUUUGAUUCUCUUGUCUUUUUGCGCGCGAAUAUUGCUUUUGCACGGAGUAUGGCUGGGGAUGAUGGGGCAGUGAUGUGCAAUGAUCGUAUGGGAAAUAUAUUAUCGGAGUGGAAACAUUGACGGGAUACGCAUGGAUGGAUGGGUGGGUGGGUGGAUUGAUGGUGUUUUUUGAAUGAAAUGUAUUUAGCGGUAUGGUUUUUGAGUGGCUGGGAGUGAUUGUUGUUGUUGGGAGGAGAAGGAGGAGGUGUAUAUACAUGGGCGAACGGGGGUUUGGAGAAUUGU